AUGGCCGACGUGCGAGCGCUGCUACGCCAGCAGCGGCUUUCCCGUCGCAUCAACCACCCGCACGCCGCGUACUCUGACGCAGGCAAGCUGCUGUGUACCCUGUGUCGCGAGCAAAUACGAGCUGAGAGCCAUUGGGAGUCGCACACCAGGAGCACAAGUCAUCAGCGACGGGUCGUCGCCGCCGCCGCCGCCACUACUACUACUACUACUACUAACACCACCACCACCACCACCACCACCGCAGCCAGUGCAGAGCCAGCUCCCUCGGAGGCCGAAGAGCCUGUGACGGAGAAGCUGCAAGUAACACAAACACACGACGCCACCGUUACCCAAGGCCCAGAGGAGCAGGAGCACGUGGCCGAAGACGAGGACGAGGACGAGAAGAAGAACAACAUGUCCACAGUCAACGAUGGCACAGAAACGCGGACCCAAUCACACAAACGAAAAAUUAGCGACGAAGACGACGACGUUGACGCCAUGGAUCUAGACGAGGCAGCUCGAAGAAAACGCAGCCGCGGCGACAUCUCCAUCGACGUCUCCGCCGCCAACCACCGCCGGGACAGCAGCAGCGCCGCAAGCAAGGACAAGGACGCAGGCACCACAACAACAAAUUCCCCCGCCCGCCGGGACUCCAACCGCACGACGCCGCCGACGCUGGCGCGACGCAUGUCCUCGACGCCGUCACGCGGCGUCGAGCUGCGGAUACCCUCGCGGCCCGCCACACCCGCCCACCGCGAAUCCUCCUCGUCCACUCCGGGCGGCGGUUUGCCGACUCUUACCGGUCUCUCCGCCGUCACGCCCUCAUCCGCCGCCACUAACGGGAGCGCCAUCGCCGCGGAAAAGCUGCCCCGCGGCGGCGGCAGCAGCAGCAACAGCGACGUCGUGGGGGCUCAGGGGGUCGACGAGGACGAGUGGGCCGCAUUUGAGGCGGAAAUGGCCGCCGCCACGGCUCCCUAUGCCGACGACGCCGUCAUCUCAGCUCCCGCCAUGGACGCCGAAGCUUCUGCCGCUGCCGCUGCCGCUGCCGCCGCCAAGGAUCUAGCCAAUGGCGGCGACGGCGGCGCUACCCGCAAAAGCCGCGCCGAUCUCGACAUUGAGGGCGAGCGCGAGGAUGCGGCGCGCGCGAGAGAGGACGAGUUCAACGAUAUGCAGGAGCUCGAGGCGCGUGUGCGACGCCUCAAGGAGAAGCGCGAGGAGCUGCGCAAGCGGGCGUCGAGCGUCGGCCAGAACAAUGAUGGCCCGGCAAGGCUGCAGAGUCAGUUGCCAGACGGGGGCAGCGGCAAGAGUCCCGCUGCGGAAGAAGGAGCUGAGAAAAAUGCAGAGGAGGAUGAGGAUGAAGAGGACGACGACGAUGACGACGACGACGACGACUGGGACGGCUUCAGAUUCCGCAAGUAA